AUGGGAAACUGUGCAGGAAAGCCGAAGACUAAAGAGCCUCCAGUAUCGUCACGGGCGAAAAUUGAGUCGCCCCGCCAGCCCAAAGAGACAGCAGCACAGAAACAAAACAAGCCAGCAACUCCACCAAAAACAGAAGUUGACCAGCGAGGGCCUCGACCAGAUCCGUUUACCAAAACUUCUUCCGAGACAAAAUGGAUCACCCCAACCCCAAAGAAGCCCGAAGUAAUUGUCGAACCCGAACCUGAACCAGUCGCCGAACCAGAACCCGAGCCAGUGAUUGAACAAGUGAUCGAUCAGCCUGAGCAGGCUCAGCAAACUUCUGCUGACAUCGCAGUUGAUGAUGAUCAGAAAGAGAUCGACGCGAACGCUGUCAACGACUUUGCUGACGCCUUAUCAGACAGCUGCAAAAGGGUUGCUCUUGAGGAGAUUGAUAUUCAAAAAGAUGAAGUCGAAGGGGAAACGAUUAUUACUCCUGAUUUCGUCGAGGAAACCCUCAUCCAGCCCAUCAAACGGGAAGAUUCUAUGAAAAAUCGAAUCGAAGGCAAAACUCUGGCCGAUUACACCAAAGAAACUCCUAUCGAAAAAGUCACAGAAGCAACCCAAGAAGUUGAAGCCUUCAUAGAGGAAGAGUUCAUCGCUCCUGUCGAGCGACAGGAAUCCCUAAAAGACCGAAUCGAAGGCAAAACAUUUGAGGAAUAUCAAAAAGCUCAAGAAGAGGCCGAGGAUUUGGCUGAUGUCGGCAAGGAGAUUGAAGCCGCAUUGAAUGAGCUUGAAUCUUCACAAGUUGCCUUAGAUUCUGUUCGACAGGCAAAUCUGGAAGCCACCAUCGAAGCUGUCACCAAGCCCUUUGAAUCUGCUCAGCAAUCCUCGAAUCGCGCGCAGACGGAAAUCAAAGAUGAGUACGAUUACGUGCAGAACAUCGGUAGCAGCGUUGAGAAGUUCAAACCUGCUGAGCAGGCCUCAGCUCCAAAAUCAAUCGGACCUCAGUAUUCAUCUCUCGCCGAUGCGCCAAUAAUUUACGACGAUCUUGAAGAAGAAUAUUUCUCCGCUCAAUCAUCUGUUCCGACAUCAACUAAAUUCGACUCCGCUGAAAGCAGAGAUAUCUUCUCAAACGAGACCUCCCGAAACGAUGAACUCGAAGAUGAGGAGGUUGAUGAUGAGAUCGUCGAAGGUGGACUCAAUAGCAACUCUUUUGAUGAAGAGCUUGAAGGAGAAGAGAAAGAGGAUCUUCUUCAACAAGAGGAUUGUGGCAUCAUGGAAGACCAACAAGCUCCAUCAAUUCAUAAAAUUCACUUGAAGAACGUCAUUGACACCGAAAAAGAUGAGACGGCUGAGCCUGCUCAAGAGAAACCAAAAUUCACAGAAGAUGACGGAGAACCCGGUAAUUUGAUCGAAGAUUAUGAAGACCAGCUGAAAGAUGACUCCUCAAAAGAUGUUGCGAAAGAAACAUCUAAGGCUGAUAAAGAGAAAACCGAUGAAACUGUUUCAGAAAUCAUCGAGUGUUCUACCGAAGCUACUGAAGUUGAGGAACCAGUUGAAGCUGUUGCUACUUCAAAAGAAGACAUCGUUCACCAUGGAUUCAUCGAAAUCAUUCCCAAAGAUGGCUCUGAGAUCAUCACCAAGGAGUAUGAAAUCGUCGAGAAGCCCCAGUCUGACCUCCCUGAAGAAAUUGCCGACCAUGAAUCUGAAGCUUUAGAAAGCACACAGACUGACGUUGAGGAUCUCUACAAAACUGAAGCGUCGGAAUUCCCAACAGAGAUGGACAUUCUUUCCGAGCCUGAUUCACGAGAAGCUUACCAUCCACUUGAAAGCAUGAUUAGACAUCUGUCUCUUGAUGUCAAUAUGGACGAAGCCAUGGUGCCUGAAAACUUGGAACCUAUUGUUCAAUUCCAUGAAGAAUCAAAGUGCAAAGAAACUCUUGACAAACUCGCAUUGACUCUUGCUGAUGAUUUUGAAAAUCAAGGAGAAACUUCUUUUCGAGAAAUCGAUGAACCAGAAAUCGAAAUUGAGGAAGAAAAGACUCCAAAAGAAGAGGCUGAUAACAGUGGUCGAAGUGAAUUUGAGCCCAUCGAAAAUCAAUCGGCUGAAGAAGAAGAACCAGAAACUCAAGUUCAGGGUGACCAACCUGUCGCUGAAGAAAAAGUUUUGGACGCAGUAGUGGAAGAAAUCUUCAAAAAGUUUAUUCCGAAUCCUGAGGCAUACGUGCCAGUUUACGAUUACAGCCGUCCUGCUCUUUAUGAGCAGCAAGUCUUUGAAAAAACAGAGGAUGUGUCGUCAUCUCCGGUUCCGAAAGAUGAUAAUCGAGUCACCCAAGAAAAUAUCGAAAGCUUUUUCCGAUCUGUUUCCCAGGAAAAUGUCAAUGCAGAACCAAAACAAGAAGAAAAAGAAUACACGCCUGUUUUUUACUACAGCAGACCCAGUCCCGUAGAUGAAGAUGUUGUUGCUUCUGAAGUCCUAAAGACUCCCGAAAUUGUCGAAAAAGGAAUUGAAAUUUCUGAGACGAAAGAAUACACGACUGUUUUCGAUUAUAGUCGCCCUUCACCUUAUGACCCAGAAGUUGUCGAAUCCGAAGUUGAAAAAACUGUCGAAAUUUCCGAUUCACUCGCCAAUGAAGACGAAAAAAUUCAAAAACCAGAGCCCGCAGAGUAUAAAACUGUAUUUGAUUACAGCAGACCGUCUCCUUACGAUCAGGAUAUUGUUGAUUCUGAAGUCGAAAAAGUAGAACCGGUAAUGAAAGAAGUCUUCGAACAAGAACCUGAAUCAGCUGUGUCCGAGGAAAAGGAAUACUCAACUGUUUUUGAUUACAGCAGACCAACUCCUUACGACCAAACUGUCGUAGACUCAGAAGUCGAGAAACCCAAAGAGGAAGAAAGUAAAAUCCUCAACGAUUUGAGUAGCGCGACUCCUGAUCAAGAGAAUGCUGUUAACCCUGAAGUGUCAACAGAAGAAGAAAGAAACCCCAUUGCAAACUACAAGGUUGUCUUUGACUACAGCAGACCGUCGCCAUUCGACCAAGAAAUCGUCGACUCCGAAACUGUGAAAGAUGAAUCCGAAGUAGAACAUGUUCCUGUUUUUGAUUACAGCAGACCGGCGCCUUUCGACUAUGAAGUCGUUCAUUCGGAGACUGAUAAGGAUGAUAAGUCCGUUGAGGAGGAAGCUCAAGAUCUCCAAAAUAAUGACGAGUGUGAAUAUGAAGCUGAAAAUACUGAAACUGUCGAAGUUGCUCAACCUGAAGGGAAACCUAUCCAAGAAAUUUCUCUCGCUGAAGACUUUGAGGAUCCAGUCGCCCCUGUUCCCAUUUACGACGCAGUUGACCUCGAAAACAACGAUGAACCAUUUGAAGUCAUCGAACAAGAGUAUAUCCCCGUUUAUGACUACAGCCGACCCGCUCCAGCUGGUGAUCUCAUUAUGGUCAAGCAAGAUGAGUCUGGAACGAAAAUUUUCAUUCCUGAGAUCGGAACUGAUGAGAUAAACGUAAAGACAAUCGAUUUGGAAAACAAACAGGAGGAAAUUGAUGAACCUGUUUCGGCCGAAAGCAUUGAGCCUGAAAUUGACCGUCCAACUGCAGAAAAUGUUGAGAACUUUUUCCGCUCUAUCUCAAGAGAGAACAUCAAUGAGGCUGUCGAGAAAGAGUGUCCACUUGAUAAGAUCGCGCAUCAGCUGUCACUUGACGUUGAUGUUGACCAAGUUCCUGAACCAAAAGAAGAAAUCUACAAAGUAAAAGAAGAAAGAAAUGAUGAAGACAUUGAUCGAUUCGCAUCUGAAAUGGUCAAACAAGUUCUUGCUUCGGAUGAUUUGCUUGAGUCGGACAAAGAAACUGAAGAAAACGAAGAAAACAAGCCUCAAGAAACGGAGUCAACCUUGAAUGAAAAUAAGCUCUCCGUCUCAGUAGAGAAGGUACGAGAAGACGACAACGAGGAAAAGAAAUCUGAACCUCCAACUCCAGAUGUAGAAGUGUGGGAAAUUGAUAACGAGUUUUAUGUUUACGAAAAACGAAAAGUUGAGAAAUAUCUCGAACCCGAAAAAGAGAAAGAAACAGAAGCAGAGCAGGAGUCUGAGGCCGCGACCAAACAAGAACCUGAUAAUUUUACAAGCGAAAAAACUGAGGAUGCUGAGGAGCUUUACGCAGAAUCAUCAGCCGACGAAUCUUCUGCUGACGAAGAACCUGCAAAGCGCGUGUCUUUUUCCGAUAGACCAGCAGAACUUAUCGGUACACAAGUAAUCCCGACUGAAACUAUUCCAGAUCUUCCUCCGGUUGACGAAAAGCCUUCUUCUGAAGUCGUUGCUGGGCUUGAGAAAGAGGAAGAAACUCCAACCUUUGAAUACAGCAUGUCGCCAGAAGUAAAAGAUGAGCAGCCUGUCUUUGAUUUGAGUGAGCCUUCAUCUGCUCAAUUUGAACAGCCAGAAAUUGUUCAAAAAAUUGUCGAGGGCAUCGUUCAAACUCGAGAACUUGAUGAGCAAGAACCAGUUGGCGCGGUAAUUGAAAAUGUCAUCAAAAAAGAAGCAACGGAUUUGGAUACUCAGCGAGACUUGGAAAAUAACGAUGAGCUUGACUACAAAAAUGAAGCUCCAGCGGCACUCAAGAUCACAGAACCCGAAGUUAUUGCAACUGAAGACAUCAUUGACACUCGUAAACUAGAUGAGCAGGAUGUUGUUGAAGAAGAAGUCGAGGCUGUCCAAGAAGAACCAGACCUUGAAAACAAUGAUGAAAAAGAAUACGUUCCUGUCUUCGACUACAGUCGACCAGCACCCCAAGAAGAUUUGGAUACUGAAAGAGAUUUGGGAAAUAAUGACGAGAUUGACUAUGAAAAUGAAACUCCAGCUGCACUCAAGAUCACAGAACCCGAAGUCAUUGCAACUCACGAUAUUCCCGAAACUCGAAAACUUGAAGAGCAGGAUGAUGUCGCGGAAGAAGUCGAGGCUACCUUAGAUGAACCAGACCUUCAAAACAAUGACGAGAAAGAAUACCUCCCCGUAUUUGACUACAGUAGACCAGCAACUAUUCCUAAGGAAGAGACUCGAUCGGGUGAAGAGAUCAACAUUCUUCAAGAAGAAGACGAAAUUCAAGAAGAGAAGCAUCAAUUGGAUUCCUCUGACCUUCAAAACGAGGAUGAAGAUGAUCUUGAAGAACCAGAAUCACUCGAACAUCUAACACAAGAUCAAGUCGAAAACUUUUUCAAGUCUGUAUUCAAGCCCCCUGUUCAAUCUGAAGAGCCUACUGAACCCGAAGAGGAAUUGUCACUAUCUGAUGAAGAGAGAGCCCUCGAGGAGGAAAUUCGAAAAGCGCAAGAGUUAGAACAGCUGGAGCGACAACUAGACACUCUUGAAAACCAGUACCUCGAUGGUGAAGAGGCAAAAGUAGCUUUACCACGAGAUGUAGAAACUUUUAUUGAAAAACUUCGAGCAACAACGCCACCUCCUCCAAAAGAGCCAACCCCUGAGCCGCCAAAAGAGCCGACACCUGAGCCUCAAAAAGAAGCAACACCGGAGCCUCCAAAGGAUCCAAAAGACAUGACUUUGGACGAGCGAUUGAAAAUGAUCAACAAAGAUGUCCUCGAGCUGCUUGAACCAGCUGAUGUCCCUGUUUCCACAGUUAAAGAUGAAGAAGUCGAGCGUUCCUUCGGAUGCCGUGUUGAAAGCGAGCCGAAGCUCGAGCUUACCCCAGAACCCGCUGAAAUUGAGCUCCAACCAGAAAUUGAACUUGAGCCCGAAGUUGUUCUUGAACCCGAAGUCGAAGAAGAGUCUCAACCGGAUGAAAAACGAUCCAAACUCGACAAUGAAAUCACAUCCGUAUACAGUGAAUACAGCACGGCAAAGAACAAGAAGCAGCUGGAAAGCUUCUACGCUGUAAAACUUGGCGAUGAAAGCCCAAAGCAGGAGGACGAGGAUCAGGCUGAACUUGAGCUUGAAUGUCAAGAAAUACCGUCAUCCGAUAAUCUUGAAGAUCCAGAGACAACUCCUACUAAAUCAGCUGUACCAGUUCAAGUUCAACUUGAUGUUGACGUAGACACUAUCGAAGAGGAAGACGAGGAGGAUGAAGAGCCAGAAUCUGAACUUGUCGCUGAGGAACAAGUUGUCUCUAACCAAACCAGCGUGCACUUACUGACCGAUUCUCAAAAUGAAUCUUUGAAAACUGAACUAACACAAAUUGAUGCUCUUCAGGAAUCAGAACCGCAAGCAACCGCAACUGAAGAAGAAGUCAAACCAGAAGUCAUCGAACCCGCUUAUGAAGUUUCAGAAGCGCCAAUUACAGCGCGAGAUGACUUUAUUCAGCCUCAAAUGGAAAAACAGGAUUCUGAAGAAGUCUCGGAAGAGAUCGUAGCAGAUAGCGUGACUGACAAGAGCAUUGAAUUCGAAAACGAAGAGGAGCAAUCGGAGGAUAAAUCUGAAGAAACUGAAGAUAAGUCGCAAGAAACUGUCGUUGAAGCACCAUUUGUCACUCCCAAAGUCGCAUUCUCAGAGCCAGAGAUUCCAAAAAGCGUUGGAUUUGCUGAACCGGAGCCUGUUGUUGAACUACAGGGAGAUUUCGAGUCUUCGUUCAUCGAUCGGAUCGCCGAAGAAAUGAUAAACUCCAUCAUUCUCGAGGCAACAAGAAUCGUUGAGAUCGACCAGCAAAACGAUACUUCUGAAAAGGACGAUUCCGACCCUUUCCAGGUUUCUCAGAGCUCGAAAAUCUCCAUCGAAGACAACAUCGACGACGAUAUCAGCAUUCCAACUGAUGACGAGCUCGAGCACGUCUCUGAUGAUGAAAUCAAAGUCCGUCAGCUUUCAACUGACUCUACUGACGAGCUUCUCAAUGUUCCAUCGCCACUUGCGCGACCAGAUGAACCAUCACCGACCGUCAUGACUCCAGCUGUUCUCAAAACCCCGGAUUCGCAAACUUUUUUCCCGGAGAACGAUCAAUCCUCAGAGCCUGGUGACAAUAUUUACGAUUUCGUUGAAGACGAGCUCGAGCCAGGAGAUGACAUUCACGGACUCAUUGAUUCUGCUAGAGCCUCUCGGGAAGCGUCGUUGAAGGGUUCUCAGCGAUCAAUUAACAAGUUGGUUCAGUCCAUCGACGAUGAUGUCCCGGACAUCUAUUCAAAACCUGACCGACCAUCAACUCCAGAAAGAAUUGUUGACCAACUCCAGGACGAAGCCUCAAAAGCCGAAGAACCUGUGACAAUCGCUAGAAAAUCCUCAAUUUCUGUCUCAAUGGAAGCUUUGGAACGAGAAGGAAGCCCAACACGAGUGGAAAUUAACGUUGCUCAGCAGUCUCCUCAAAUCUUGAAGCACACAAUAAAUGUUGGUUUCAAAAAAGAUCCCAAAAAUGGAAUGGUAUAA